UAACGGGACAGAUGAGUCACAUAAGCGUUGGCAAUGAGUUGACGGACCUAACCAUGAAGAUGGAUUCCUGGGAGGAGAAUACCAGCCCACCGGCCACAGCGGCCAAACAUCCUCAGGAUGGAUACGAAACUGAACCUCCGGCCGAUGAGGCAACUCUUGGCCAUGUGUGGCAUGGAUUCAGCCAAGACACCACCUUCCACGGCGUACGCUUCGUCACGAUGCAUCAAGCUGGCUUCAGCAGAAGGCUACUUUGGGCGUUUGUUAUCCUUGCUGCCAGCUUCUACCUAAUUUAUCAGAUCCAGGACCGUAUCAAUUACUUCCUGAGCGAACCUAUCCUGGUCUCCGUCGCAAUCACUUUUAAUGACACCCUCCGGUUCCCGUCCAUCGCGAUCUGCAACCAGAACCAGUUUCGGUUUACUGCUGCCGUCGACAGGAAGUACAGCUCGUAUCUGGAACAGAUAUUCAACAAUCACGACUUGCAAUCGGAAAUCACACUGGGGCAACUGAACAGCUCGGCAAUGAACAAAACGUUCACACAAAACCCAUCAAAAGUGGGAAUCGUGACCAGAAGUAAGCAAACGUACGAGAGGUUCCUGGGCGAAACGUGGGAAAACUUACAGACAUCACUCGGUCAUCAGGUGGAGGACAUGAUCAUGAGGUGUCACUUCUCCUCCGAAAAGUGCAGCGCUAAAGACUUUCAAGCAGUUAUGACAGAUCACGGACUCUGUUAUAAGUUCAAAGGACUGAAUCGAACUGGAGAAGGGUACGAACUUCCAUAUGCGCUAGAAGCAGGCUCGAGAGAGGGCUUGAAUCUGCUCCUUAAUGUGGAAAGCUACGAAUAUUCACCAGGCGAACAUGAGUCGGCAGGCUUCAAGGUGGUCUUGUUAGAUCCCGGCGAUAUCCCAAUGAUCAGGUCCCAGGGAGAGGGGGUCGGACCCGGCACGUAUACAUUCGUGGCUUUGAAACCAGAAAAGACAGUACGGAUCACCAGCCGAUCGACCAGAUGCAUACAAAAGAGCCGUAAUUUGUCGUUUUUCGAUCUGUACACGGAGAUGGCCUGCCAUGAAAACUGCAAGGCCAAGGCAUACUUGAGAGAUCAUGGCUGUCGAAAAACUUCCAGGUGGAAUAACUAUGAUGAGCCGAGUACUCCACUGUGUACAGUUGCCAUGACUAUGAGUCUGGGGGAUGAUCUAGCAACAAACUUUACUACAAACCAAACUGCAUCGACUGACAAGCUAGAGGACUCGAAGACGCAAUCAUGUCGUCAAUCAUGCCUGCCUCGAUGCCAGACAAUGGACUAUGACACAAGCUUCUCUUUUCUGAAGACCGCGGAAAAUGACAUCAACCAACUGGACCAAGAAGUACUGAAAAAGAUAUUGAACGAUAACGCAAAGGCCCGUGACUAUCGCAUCAACACUGACGAACUCCGAUACAAGGAGUACUUGGACGCGAUCAAGGAAUUCAAAGCAGUGACCCGGGAUACAGCCAAGGUUUAUGGCUCGGCGUUUGCCGAUUCCGUCGAAAAUAACAAUGUGAAAUUUCGGCGGGAGACAUCAAGAUGCCACAUAUCUUUGAACGAAACAGCCACCUAUUUCAGCAAAAUGUUCGAUUUUUACAACCAAUAUUUCUAUGGUCCAGCUGCGGGGAACUUCCCCGAUGUGACUAGUGGCACUCGGUCCUUGAUUAGAAACGUUGAAGAGGCUUUGCGUCCCACGGUCGAUGCUAAUUUCAAGAAGUCGGUCGAGUUUGAAAUCGUGAGUGCGCGGAUCGCUCUGAAAGACUCCAUGGUUGCCCUGGAGGAAAUCCUCUACAAGUACGGAAACUAUACUCCCGUUGUCCCAGACACCAAUAUCACCGAUUACAACAAUACUGUAGGUUUUGGUGGCAUUUACAUGACCAAGCCAUUAAAGAAUGUUGUGUUGGAUACCGGAACGAAUAAACUUACCGAUGAAUAUUACGAAAUUGCAACCAAAAACGUCAACUUUUUGAAAAGCCUCGCGCUGGAGAUGUCCAAUGAAAAGUUUGUCAAUGCGGGGAAGCAGAGAUUUCUCGAUGACAUGUCAAAGCUGAGUUAUAUACGGAGGAACCUGAUUGAGAGGUUCCAGAAGCCGUCUCUUGUAUCCGAGUGGAUUAGCGCGACAUUGCUGAAGACCAUAGGCGAGGCCGAAACCAUAGGUUAUACGAUGUUGAGUGAUAUGUUUGGUCACUUCUACAACUUUGUGACGAAUUCAGCCUACGACAAUUGGGUGGCGAGUCUGAGCGAGUCAGGGUUUCUCAAUGUCAGCAUUUACGCCAAAGUCGCACAUAAGGCGGAUAGUGGUCCACUCGAGAAGCGGUUCAGUUCAAUUGUCGUCAAAAUGCACCAGCACCUCAUCGAGUCCUUUCAACGAUUCUCUCGUCUUGAAACCAACUUUAAAUUGUAUGAGAAAAAGGUAUCAGAAGCAUCAAAUACGGCCAGGAGCAAUAUAGAAGGAGGUGUACCUGAAUCGCAGUUACGCCAAUUGCUUGGCAUAUUGGAAUUGAGUUCGUGUUCCUACAUUGGGACGUCCAACAAAGGGUGGUGGUUCAGGUACUUUCCGAUGCAGAAGGAGGCUAUCAAGAAAGUCCAGGAUCUCAUUCUGUCAAGGUUUGAGAAGCUAAAGUCGCUGCUGCUUCAGUACAUUGGGAAUUUGGACGGAGAUGGAAUUUUCUAUAAGGAAAACUUCGUUGCCGUAGAUGUGUUUUUCAAGGAGAUGUCGUACCAAACCGUGAAGCAGACCAUAGCCUACGAUGUCACCGCCUUACUCAGCGACAUUGGUGGCUCGAUGGGCCUUCUGAUCGGCGGGAGCUGCUUGACGGUAUGUGAGCUUAUUGACACCAUCGCCUUCAGCAUAGCAGUAUUUUGGGCACGAAGAGCGAAGACGAAUGUUCAGAAGGCACCACGUCAACAAAAAGCACCGGACGGCUGGAUGUGAUUAGAUCCGCGUCUGCAAACAUGCGGCUGAUUUCUGUUUGCUGGUGCGAUUUGCACGAAAAUUCAAUUCAAUUCCAUGAGGCCGUUACUGAUAUCAAGACAACUGCUGACAUUGCGUAUAAUGAAUCAUACAUUGCACUUGUUCUUGCGUUGUGUCCAAGACGUGCCCUGGAGGUUAUUCACCGCAAUCCCAAAAGACACUUCCACAUACAUGUACAUAACUUACCGCGUUCACUGAAUCCGCACAGCAAACUUCCACUCUCGCCGUAGGUCUCUUUGAAUGAGGAAUGUGCAUGAGCAUUGUACACAGUUGCAAUCUGCAUCGAGGUCCGAUUUCAAAACGUUCGAAAACACAAGUUUGUGGACACUUAACAUUUUACUUAUAUUUUUUUACUCAUAUAGUAAAGGCAGGACUAGAAAUACAUGUACAUGUUAAAAGAUAUUUAAAUUUACCCAUUUCUGAGAUAUACAAAGUCAGCAUCGAUUGUACCUGUAUAUUGAAACAUUGCUUCCCGGGUAUAGCGGAGUGCCUGUCACAAACAAUAAGAAAGUGGAACUCGUCUUCCACUAUAUCCCCUUUACAUGAAAGACAUUUCCUCUGUUUCCUUGUAUGUGUAAUGUCUUCAUAUCUCCCACACUCUAUACUGCAAGCUGGUGGGACCCAAUUCUAAGUUUUGUAAAUAACUGUCUUUGUUCAGGAUUGAUAAUGUAGGAAAGAUACUCCUUAAGGUGAAACGAAGGUUUAACAUGAUUGAACGUCCACAAAGAGUAGUUUUAGAUAUAUGUUUUGAUACUUCGUCUUCCCAAAAUCACUCAAAAUUCUCAGCCGAUUCAAAUUUCAACAUUUUAAGAAUGCUGCUUGUAGUCUUUGGGUUGGCAUAAUGAAUGCGUUGGUUUUCCCAAUAGUCGGCAUGGAGUGGCUUUGAGAUACGUAUAUGAUAAGCUGGAACCAUUUAGUUUGUGCUCCAUCAUAGAAGUCCUUAUGUAGCUACAUAAGUAGGCAAAUGUCCCUGCACGUAGACCCAUUUGGGUCCAGUCGGGAAUAACGUGGGAAUGGCGUGAUAACUCAGUCAGUUUUUAAUGUUUCCACCUCAUAUAUGUCCGGUGAAUUACCAUGUCCGGUAUUUGAUUAUAGGGCCUGCUACUGUAGAAUUGAAGACUGGAAGACUGGCCAGCCGGUAUCAUCUUUGUAAAGAACCAUUAAAAGUCGAUGCAAUGGGUCCUACCAAUUAUGGAUUAUAUAUAUACUUGGUUCUACUGGUGUUGUUGAUGUAAAGCUUCUUUCACCCGAGCGAUAGAAACAAUCUAGGAAA